AAGGACAAACAGCAUUUACGUGCAAACAUGUUUUAGCAGCUUGGUUGGCUGUAUUAGAUAAAGAAAAAUUAAUUUAUCAAAAAUUAACAUUUUCUCAAUUUCGAGGAUUAUUGGUGUAUCAAGUUUCAUACAAGCAAAAUGUGUACUCCCAAUGAGGAAUAUAAAUUACUUGCAAAGUUAGGAAAUCUCAAGACUGUGGUUCACCUUUUAAAAGCUAUUAGUUUUAAAGAUGUUGCCACAUGUUCUGCUUGCGAAAAUGGUCUUAAAAUUACAGUUGAGGAUGCAAAAUGUAUGCAAGCUACAGUUUAUCUUCCAAUUUGUGUUUUUCAAGAAUUCAUUUUAAAUGAGGACAUUAUUUUUCAAAUAAGUCUAAAUGCAUUAGUUGAUUGUCUUUGUAUGUAUUGGAGCAGUAUAAAUGCUCAAGGGAGCGUUGUCGCUUUACAAAUGUCUUAUAAGGGUAAUGGCAAUCCCGUAGUAUUGCUUAUUGAAGAAGAGGGAAUUAUAACGGAAUGUUCUUUGAAAACAACCGAACCGGAUGAAUUAUUAAAUUUUAAUCUUGAACCGGAAAAUAUUGUAAAUAAAAUUUAUCUUCAAACGGUAUUGUUAAAGGAUGUUCUCGCUGAACUUGAUCCAACUAGCGAUUCAAUUAAGUUAACUUUAUCUCCCGAUGCGCCUUAUUUUAAAAUAACUACAAAUGGAUUGGCUGGUGAUUGUACUAUUGAAGUUCCUCAUGACAGUGAAUUAAUUGACAGUUUUGAAUGUAAAGAGACAACUACUUCCAAUUACAAAUUACAACAUAUCAAACCUGUUGUUAAAGCUUUGGCCUGCAGUCAUUUGGUUUCAUUAAAAACUGAUGAUCAUGGACUAUUGUGUUUUCAAUUUAUGGUGAAAACUGAAGAAGGACAAACUUGUUAUAUAGAAUAUUUUAUGUCAUCAAUUGUGGAUAACGAUUAAAUUUUAUAAAUUCUCAUGACAAUUAAAUAUAAUGAACAUAUAACUAUA